UUCCUCUUUGAACCCAUUGUAGAGGUUCCACGUAUUCAUCCUUUAGAAUCUUUUUCCAUCCAAGGAUGAAUCGGGUAUCUCGACCUCCGGCAAUGCUAGCGACUUUCUUCCUUCUAUUUUUAACACAGGCAAGCGCCGAUGUAAACCAAAAUUUAAUUUAUAGCAAAGUAUCUCGUAAAAUAGAUCUUACAUCUCAGCUCGCUAAAGUUUCUACUACUAUUACACUUGAAAAUGCCGGGGACAAAGCAACAGGUUCCUUCCAUUAUGCUAUGGAUCCUUCGUUGGCGGACAAAGUAGCCUUUAUCUCAGCUACGGCUAAACCCGAGAACGAUGAUGAAGAUGCUCAAUUAAAGUUGAAAGAAGUAGUUCUCUCUGCAUACAAGGAUCUCAAAGUCCUUCGCGUUGAUCUUCCUUUACAACUUGGGCCUGGAAAAUCUGUUGACGUACAAGUUGAAGAGGUUUUCACUCGCACAAUGAAGCCUUUCCCAGCCAAGGUUGGACAGUCAGAGAAACAACAAGUACUUUUCACAGGAAACCAUUAYGUAUUCUCUCUGUACAAAACCAAGAAACAAACAACUACAGUUACCCUAUCCUCAUCAGUGGUUGAGUCUUACAGCAAGUUGAAACCAUCUAGUCAUUCAGAGAGCACYAUCAACUAUGGCCCUUAUAAUGAUAUUGAUGCUCUUAAGCAAAGCUCUAUGAAGAUUCACUUUGAAAACAACUCUCCUUUCUUGGUAGUCGUUGGAAUGCAGCGKGUUAUUGAAGUAUCUCAUUGGGGGAAUAUUGCUGUUGAAGAGUCUUUCCAUUUGAGACAUUUUGGGGCUGAACUCAAGGGUUCAUUUUCAAGAUACGAUUACCAGCGUACUCCAGCACCAACUUCCAUCAAGUCUUUCAAGGCAGURCUCCCUGCAGCUGCUUCAGAUGUUUACUACCGUGAUGAGAUUGGCAACAUUUCAACAAGUAACAUGCUUGUGCAGCACGAUUCAGUGGAACUAGAACUUAAACCAAGAUUCCCCUUGUUUGGUGGAUGGCAAACACAAUACUACAUGGGAUACAAUGUGCCAAGCUAUGAAUAUUUGUUUAAUCUUGGUAACAAUUAUGCUCUCAAGAUGAGGUUUGUGGACCAUGUCUUUGAUGAUUUUGUCAUUGACCAGAUGACAAUGAAAGUCAUUCUACCAGAGGGAAGCAAGGACAUCAAAUUGAAGACYCCAUUUCCAGUUCAAGAGGGCAAGCGCGAACUCCAUCACACCUACCUUGACACAGUAGGAAGACCUGUCGUAGUAGCACAUAAGAAGAAUAUCGUGGAACAACAUAUUCAGGAAUUUGAGAUCCACUAUGUGUUCAACAAAGUCAUGCUUCUUCAAGAACCACUGUUAGUYGUUGGUGCUUUUUAUUUGUUGUUUGUUCUUGUUAUCAUCUAUGUUCGUAUGGACUUCUCUAUUAGUAAGGACGAAGCUAGCGAAUCACGAAUGCGUGCUGCUGGUCUUGUAGAGGAGGUUUUGCGUCUUAUUGAUCGGCGCAGUGGUCUUUACAAUGUGUACAUGGAUGCCAUCAGCAAGUUCAAGUCUAGCAAAGACACUACAACUUUUGCUAAUGCAAGAAAGAAGUUAGACACUGAUUAUCGCUCAAUUGGCAACCAGAUAACUCAGCUACAGAAUGCUUUGGCAAAGGAGCAGUCUGAGGCAGUUGAAAAGAUUGGUGAAAUCCAACGCAAGGAACAUGAACGUAAGCAGCUGCUUGACCAAGCCAUUGCWAUGGCAGAGAAAGUUGUGAAUGGGCGCAUGAACAAGGCAACAUACGUUGAAAAUGAAACUAACAACAAGAAUAAGCGUGAGAAGUUGAGCUCGGAUAUCAAAAGCAUUGCAGAAACUCUCUAACCCUAAUAUUAAAACCAUUACAUGCACUAUUAUACCAUCACAACUUAAAUAUAUUAGAUUAGUACAAAAAWGUGAACAGAAAAGUUUAUUUAAUAGUGAGUUAUUGUCCAGUUUUGUUUGAUUAAAUGUAAUAUUGACGAUUUGACCAGUCAUACUAAAACUUCAUUCAAUCUCCCUGUCAACUUUGAAAAAAAAACUCAGACAACUUAGUUUUUAAUGAGAAAUGUGAAGAACAUUGUAUAGUACUAUUUAGUAUKUACCAAACUAUAGACUAUCAUGAUUGUAGCAUUCUGAAUAUUAAUGUUGAGAAAAGUGAAAAAAAUUGUCUUUUUUGUGUUCCUAUUUCAAAUUUAAUCAACCCUAGUUUGGUGGGUACUAAAAUGGUCUUGAAGUCCAUUCAACCAUGUGUUCUUAUAAUGAAUUGUUUAGCUAUUAUUUUACUGUCAAAGAAAGASAACAUUUUACUUUUUUUUAGUGUUGUGAUGGUAUAAGUAUAGUGUUUAAUGUGUGAAAGUAUUGUUCUCAUUGUCAGGGUGCAUUCAUUGUAUCUUUGAAACUCUUUGUAACAAARUUCYACCAUGUAUUCAAAAUGCARARUKUUUUGUACCAUUUUGCACAUUUUGUUUGUAAAYUUUCUCAGAUAUUGUGAAUGCACUCUGUAAAUAUCAUAGUUAUCAUAACUCCUAGGUGCAUGUUUAUUAAAAAUUAUAAUUUUUUGUAUUGCCAACAUCUCAAAGAGGGGGGCAUCAUUGAAGUGUACUCCAUGUAUUUCUUCAUCAAUAAAAACAAAUCUGUUAGUAAA